CCCAAUUUUAGCAUCUGGUCUAUUUUCUCCACCCGUUUCCUCCCCGUCCGUAGUGUUUCCGUGGGAUUCCACUAUAUCACCAAGACUUCCCUGCCACUGCAAUCCCCCUCCAUCAGCACAUUCCUGAUUAGGCAUCCAUUCUCCGCUAGCGCUCGGUUGCCACUGCAUUCCUCCUCCACCAACGCUUCCCUGCCGCUGCACACCCCCUCCGUAGCCGCUUCCCUGCCGCCGCACACCCCCUCCGUAGCCGCUUCCCUGCUGCUGCAUUCCUCCCGCGCCAACGCCUGGCUGUGGUUGCACUACCCCUCCAGCGUAGCCACCAGGUUGCGGCAAUCCUCCCCGUAG